UGUGCAGGCAUGCGCCACAAGUAUUAGACAAGUUAAGUAGCCUAUUUGGUGUGUACUAAUUAAAUAGUAGGUGAUGUCAACGCGCCUUAGACUUUGCAUACCAAAACAAAUUAAUUAAUUAAGGACAUCGUCUCUGCAUUUUUGUAAUACUAGUGGCAACUCUUGGGUGCUUUAUGGUACAUAGCUAGAUAUACAUUGUUAUCUCACUCUGCAACGGAUUGCAUGGUCAAAUGCCUGAAUUUCUAGUACGCGCGUGGUAUCUACCCUGACGUACCAUGCAGCGCUAGCAGUAUUAUCAACUCAAAUCCACACGUAACAGUCAGAAAAUGUCAUGUUAAAGUCAUUAUAUACCAAACCCAUAUAUUUGUCUAUCGCUCGUUCGCGAAGGAAGCUGCAUCGAUCAUCUUGAUAGAGUGUCAUUGUGCACUACAGCCUUGCAUCCAUUGUGUCUCCGGCACUAUAUAUAAGUGCCAAUGCCAUCUACAAUUUUGCAUCCAUCCCAUUCUUCAAUCUAACAAGUUCAAAAUGGCCAGAACCAAGUUUGUAGCUCUUAGCUUCGUCGUGCUACUGAGCAUUGGGCUGUCCAAUGCUUUGCCACGGAAAUAUGCUAGCGCCGGGGGCGGCGGUGGAGGAGGGGGAGGUGGUGGUGGGUCAGGGAAUGGUUCUGGAUGGGGAUCUGGCUCUGGCUCUGGGUAUGGCCAGGCAAGUGGACCCGGUGGGUAUGCUAGUGGAGGCGGUGGUGGUGGAGGAGGCGGUGGUGGAGGCGGAAAUGGUGGAUCUGGGUAUGGUUCAGGAUCUGGUUCUGGGUAUGGUCAAGCUGGAGGAUAUGGGCCUUAUGGAGGCUAUGCUCAAGGAGGUGGCGGUGGUGGCGGAGGCGGCGGUGGACAAAAUGGUGGGUCUGGGUAUGGUUCAGGUUCCGGUUCUGGCUAUGGUCAGGCCGGUGGAUAUGGUCCUUACGGUGGUGGAGCAUAUGCUCAAGGAGGUGGCGGCGGUGGAGGCGGCGGUGGUGGUCAAAAUGGUGGUUCUGGAUAUGGUUCCGGUUCUGGCUAUGGUCAGGCCGGGGGAUAUGGUCCAUAUGGUGGAGGAUAUGCUCAAGGAGGAGGCGGUGGUGGAGGUGGUGGUGGUGGACAAAAUGGCGGGUCAGGGUAUGGCUCAGGCUCUGGUUCCGGAUAUGGUCAAGCUGGUGGAUAUGGGCCAUACGGCGGAUAUGCUCAAGCAGGCGGUCAAGGUGGUGGCGGUGGUGGUGGACAAAGUGGCCCAGGCGGUAGUGGUUCCGGAAGUGGCUCAGGAAGUGGAUCCGGAUCCGCCGGUUGGCACCCAUAGAGCAUUCAUUUGAUCCGGCAUGUCAAUUAAAUGGCUACAUCGAUACUACUGAUUGUGAUUGCUGAAGAUACAAACGGGUUGUGUGCAUUUAAAUAAUACUACUUUGCCAUGGCUGUAUGUAAUAAAAGUAGCCAUCUUGCAUUGCAUAUGCUGCUGCUAUAGCAAUGUAAGUGUGCUUGUAUAAUCUUUGUGAAAUUUGUUAUUUGUUGUCUUACAAAGUAUAUGAAUAAAUCCAGGGUCUAGGUCUCUAGGCUCAGCAUGGAAAUGUGAUAAUAUAAUCCGUGGUUAGUGAA